CGCGGGCCGGGAGGCUGCGCCCACCCUGCGGCGGCGGCUGCGGGGCGAGCCAUGGGCACGGUGCCGUCCGCGCUGAAGCACUGCCUCAGCUACCAGCACCUCCUCAAGGAGCAGCUGUGGAUCGCGGAGCCGCCCGCGGCCGCGCACCCCGCGCAGGAAUCUCAAGCAUCUGGACUGCCUGAGUACAUAAAAAUUGUAGAAGUUGGGCCAAGGGAUGGAUUACAAAAUGAGAAGGUGAUAGUCCCAACUGAUAUAAAAAUUGAGUUAAUCAACCAGCUUUCCAAAACAGGCCUGCCUGCAAUAGAAGUGACCAGUUUUGUUUCAUCCAAAUGGGUGCCUCAGAUGGCAGAUCACAAAGAAGUAAUGAGGGGCAUUGAGCGGCAUCCUGGAGUCCAGUAUCCCGUUCUCACUCCUAAUCUUCAAGGUUUUCAUUCUGCUAUUGCAGCAGGAGCUACAGAAGUCUCGGUAUUUGGUGCAGCAUCUGAAUCUUUUAGCAAAAUGAAUAUUAAUUGUUCAAUUGAAGAAAGCAUAGAAAGGUUUGAAGAAGUCACUAAAUCUGCAAGGAAUAUGAAUAUUCCAGUGCGUGGGUAUGUGUCCUGUGCCUUGGGAUGCCCAUAUGAAGGAAACGUUGCACCAGAUAAAGUGGCAGAAGUGUCUAAGCGGCUGUACAGCAUGGGCUGUUAUGAAAUCUCUCUGGGAGAUACAAUUGGUGUGGGGACGCCUGGAAGUAUGAAAAAAAUGCUGGAAGCUGUUAUGAAAGAAAUUCCUUUGAGUGCUCUUGCUGUUCACUGUCAUGACACUUAUGGCCAGGCCUUAGCCAAUAUCCUCACAGCCAUGCAGAUGGGAGUUGCUGUGGUGGAUUCAUCUGUUGCAGGACUUGGUGGUUGUCCCUAUGCAAAAGGUGCUACUGGAAAUGUAGCCACAGAAGAUGUGAUCUACAUGCUGAAUGGUCUUGGGAUCAACACAGGAGUAAAUCUUUGUGCCGUGAUGGAAGCUGGAAACUUCAUCUGCAGAGCUUUGAACAAGAAAACAAACUCAAAAGUUGCACAAGCUUCCUUCAGUACUGGAACUAUCAAUUAAAUGGAUUUUUCUUUUUGCAGCUUGAUUACAUUUUCCAUUUACCUUGAUCAAGGACAUUUGCUUUAGGAAAAGAAACAAGAAAACCAUUGCAUCAAAGAAACAAAAUAGAACCAAUAUUUUUUUUUUUUUUAAGGGAAAAGUUAUUGUACUGUACUGUCUUGUCAGGAAUUGUCUGAUUUGUAAGUAAGAAAUAAACAACUGUAGUGCAGAACCCUGUACUUCGUACUUCUCCAGAUGAGGAAAAUGUAUAAACACCAGGAAAUUUUACCAUGUUUUAAAUUGAAUUUUUAGUUCUUUUCAGGAAAAACGGGUAGAAACAGUGAAUACAUAGUUAAAUUUCAAUCAAGAUGUCUUUCAGAACAGUAUAAAUAUUUUCAGUAGUUUAUGAGAUCUCACACUGUGUGUGGCCUUUCUAUUAUGUAUUUUAUUUAUCUGAGUUCUCACUUUUCAUUUGUCAAGUCACUGUGUUAUGAACACAGAGCCAAAUCUGAAUUCACUGUAAGAAUUUUUUAGCAAUAGAACUUCUUUUAAAUUUUGUUUAACAUCUGCUAAAUUAUGGAUGACUUUAUCUUGUUCCAAGACAUUGUGGUGAAUGGCACUCUUCCAGAUCCUUCCAAUCCUCCAGCAAAUUUCCUUAUUUGUUACAUAUGUUAAAUUUGUUGUACUUGCAUUUUUUGGUCAACUUAUUAAAACCUAAUUAUAUGAAGCAAAUAAAAAUUGGUGAGGUUUUCAACAUCAUUCAGGUUCAUAGUGGUGUAGAAGGGGCUACAUUUGCAUCCAAGGUUUCAUCAAAAAAUUAGAUUUUUCAUUCUGUAGUCUAUGA